GGGUGGGUAAACAAGGUGUAUCAUGGGGGAUGUGGAAAUGGCUAAUGCUAGAGAGAUGAAUUACGGAUCUCGUAUUCUCUCCAGCAUUAUUUUCUGCCAUAAUUCCUAAGAGUGUAAUCUCAAUUUAUACAGUCUUACUGAUGCCCUUUGAUUUAACAGGCUGGUUUUGUGUCACGUGACAGACCGGGGCAGUUGGUAAUUGCUUUGGAACCUGAAGCAGCCGCGAUAUUCUGUACAGAGAGAAAAAUGGGCGCAAUACAGUCUCUUGAGAGACUCAGUGUAUCCGUGGAUGGACUUCUGUCCCAGUUGAAUGCACAAUACAUGGUUGUCGACAUUGGAGGAGGAACUCUUGAUGUAACAGUUCAUGAAAAACAAGAUGAUGGUAGCAUUAAGGAAAUCCAUAAGGUAACAGGUGGACCGUAUGGCGGUAUGAAAGUAAAUCAUCAAUUCGAAGGACUUCUGGAUGAGCUCUUUAGUGCCGAGAAGCUGUAUGAGUAUCGCAAACUGUUCCCGUCUGAUUGGCUGCGUUUGAUAGGCGACUUUGAAGACAAGAAACGUGGGCCACGGGCUCUGGAAAAUAAAGAAACAAGAAUCCGCCUGCCACAGAGUUUCAAUUCCUCUGUCCCUGAAAUUCUUCUCCAUUCUAUGAAGCGUUACGGAGAAGAAGUUAAAAUCAUUAAAAAUGAAUAUCUAUGCCUAAGUCCGAGGGUCAUGAAAAAGCAGUUUGAGCCUGUUUUGGAAGCCAUGAAAGAUCAUUUAGCUGUUCUACUAAGCAAGCCGGAACUUUCGAGGGUGAAGGUAAUGCUCCUUGUUGGAGGAUUUGCAGAAUCUUCUCUUCUUCAACAAGAAAUAAAGAACGAGUUUGCUGACAGGUGCCGUGUGAUUGUACCACGUGAUGCAGCGAAGGCAGUCGUUCAGGGUGCCGUGAUGUUCGGUAAAAUGCCCAACAAAAUUACGGAAAGAGUCGUCGCCACGACAUACGGUUGUGCCUGCUCUCGAGACUUCAUCGAGGGUGUUCANUUCACUACGAAGUCACGUGAGAUAAAGCGUGGCAAGCAAGCAGUCAGUUGCGUUCGGUUAGCAAGCAGAGAGGCCGACGAAAGUUGGCCUCUUGAAAAAAUGAACGGCGACUUAACCCCAGAAGAGGAAAAGCUUGCAAACGUCGCCAACAAAAGCUGGCUUCACAAACUUAGCGAUAACCAGCUGAAAGCAAACGUCGAGAAAAAUCAUCGCCCAGCCAACUGUGGCAGAGUUGUUGUCCCAAAUGUCAACGAAGAAAUUUGGAACAAGCUUCCAAGGACAGCACGAGGGAAAGAUCUCAAGUUUUCCCGCCUUCAGAAAAAGCCUGACUAA